AUGGGUUCUCUUCUUCCAGCUGAUGGACAUCGUCCUAAAUUUGCUCAACUUUAUAUUUAUGAUACUGAGAAUGAGAUCUCCAAUAGAAUACGAGCACUUGGCAUUGACGAUGGCAUUGAGAAAAUUAGUAGGAACAUUGUGACUGAUUUAAUUAAAAUGUUUGAUGACCAGAAUACAAUUGUUAAAGCAUUUAGAAUGGCACGAGAUCGUUUUGUACAUAAUGAUUUUAUGCCCAUGAGGUUGCGAUUAAUUGGAGCACGUGGGGAAGUCUUGCAGCAAUAUAAUUCUCCUUCUUGCGCUGAAAUUGCUGGUCUGAUAGUUGGUGACUUAGGCAGUGUAGAUCGGCAACGUGAUAUUAUUGUUGAGCAUAAAACAGAAGGCUUAAAACGUAUUAGUGAUUUGCAUCCUUCUUUUAUGGCUAUGCAAUAUCCUAUUUUAUUUCCCUAUGGUGAAGAUGGUUUUAGGCUUGGCAUACGAUGCAGGCAGACAUCCCGCAGGAAAACAAAUUCUCGGCAAUGUGUUACAAUGCGUGAGUUCUAUGCUUAUCGAAUCCAAAAUAGAUUAAGGGAAGGGAAGACGUUGGUACGUGGAGGAAGACUUUUUCAGCAAUAUAUUGUUGAUGCUUUCGCCUGUAUUGAAGAAGAAAGACUGCAAUACAUUAGAAGAAAUCAGGCGAAUCUUAGAACUGAAAUAUAUAAGGGUAUUAGAGAUGCUGUUGUUGAAGGAGAUGUAGAUGGUAAUGCUAUUGGUAAGCGAAUUAUAUUGCCUUCGAGUUUUACUGCGGGUCCUCGCUAUAUGGUUCAAAAUUAUCAAGAUGCCAUUGCUAUCUGCAGGCACUCAGGGCCUCCCGAUUUAUUCAUAACAUUUACCUGCAAUGCACAAUGGCCUGAAAUUAGAGAUGCCCUGGAAUUUAUUAAUGGCCAAAAAGGUGAAGAUCGGCCUGAUAUUAUUAGCAGGGUAUUUAAGCUGAAAUUGGAAGUUUUAAUGGAUGAUAUUAAAAAGAACCAAUAUUUCGGUAAAUCAGUGGCUGAGUUAUAUACCGUUGAGUUUCAAAAGAGGGGCCUUCCUCACGUUCACAUGCUGAUAUGGUUACAUGCAGACCAUAAAUAUCUUACAACCUCAGAGAUAAAUUCAAUUAUUUCUGCAGAAAUACCUGAUCAAAUUAAUAAUCCAAUCGGAUAUGCAUCGGUUGCUAAAUUUAUGAUACAUGGUCCAUGUGGAUUAGCUAAACCAGGAGCCCCAUGUAUGAUAAAAGGUCGCUGCUCAAAACAUUUUCCGAAAGAAUAUAUAAAUGAAACGGUUAUAUCUGAGGAUGGAUUUCCUAUUUACAGGAGAAGAAAUAGCCAUCUUCGUGUAUUGAAAGCUGGUAUUGAACUUGACAAUAGAUUUGUUGUUCCUCACAACUUGCAAUUGGUUAUUAAAUAUCAGGCUCAUAUUAAUGUUGAGUGGUGUAAUAAGUCAAGGCUAAUAAAAUACUUAUUCAAGUACAUCAAUAAAGGCCCAGAUAGAUCUGCAGUGGUUUUAGAAAAUAAUGUCCAUUAUACUGAUGGAACUCCUGGAAAGCAAUACAAAAAUAUUGAUGAAAUCAAGCAAUAUUUAGAUUGUAGAUAUUUAUCAGCAUAUGAGGCGAUUUGGAGAUUGUUCCAAUUUGAUAUCCACUUUAGGCAUCCAUCCGUCGAGCGUUUAUCUGUUCACCUACCGAUGAUGAAUAACAUAACAUAUCAUGGUGCUCAAAAUUUAAUUAAUGUCCUCAAUCGUCCGAAUGUUGAGAAAACAAUGUUUACGGAAUGGAUGCAUACCAAUCUCAAUUAUAAUAAUGCUCGACAAUUAACAUAUGCUGAAUUCCCAACUGAAUGGGUUUGGCAUUCAAGUGAUAAAUUUUGGUCGAGACGAAAACAAGGAUACCGUAUCGGCAGAAUAGUUUACAUUCAUCCGAAUGCAGGAGAGCUAUACUUUUUACGCAUGCUUUUAAAUAUAGUUAGAGGACCAAGAAGUUAUGCAGAGAUUAGAACUGUACACGGUGUCGUACAUGAAACGUUUCGUGCUGCAUGCGAUGCCCUCGGUUUACUCGGUGAUGAUAAAGAAUGGAGAGAGGCAUUUGGAGAGGCUUCACAGUGGUCAGGCUCAGUUGAACUCAGACAAUUAUUUGCAACAUUAGUGAUUUACUGUGAAGUAGCAGAUCCACUUAAAUUAUGGAAUGAAUAUUGGGAAUUAAUGACAGAUGAUAUAUUAUAUAGGCUAAAGCGUGUUUUGGGUGUAGAAAAUCUCCGAAUACCUCAACUUGAACUUCAAAACCAUGUCCUAUUUGAGUUGGAAGUUAUAUUCAACAAAAAUGGUAGUUCGCUUACACAAUAUAAUCUGCCGAUUCCAAAUAGGUUGAUUGUUGACGGAUUAAAUAAUAAAUUGCUCGCGGAAGAAUUGGAUUACAAUAGAACCGAAUUAUUACAGGAAUAUUCAGAACUCUUUGAUGGAUUAAAUAGUGAGCAGAAAAUCAUAUAUGAUGCAGUCCUACAUUCUGUAUAUCAAAAUAUCGGAGAUCUUAUAUUUGUUUAUGGUCAUGGUGGGACGGGCAAAACAUACCUUUGGAAAACUAUAAUUGCAAAAUUACGUUCUGAAGGAAGAAUAGUUUUAGCUGUUGCUUCCUCAGGUAUUGCAUCACUCUUAUUGCCCGGGGGAAGGACUGCCCAUUCAAGAUUCAAAAUUCCUAUCAAACUUGAUGAUUGUUCUGUUUGUGAAAUUAAGAAAGGCACGCACCUUGCAAAUUUAAUUGCACAAGCUUCUUUAAUUAUUUGGGACGAGGCUCCAAUGAAUCAUAAAAAUUGUUUUGAAGCUUUAGAUAAAUCCCUAAAAGAUAUUAUGGUGACAGAUGAACCAAAUAUUUGUAGUAAAUUGUUUGGAGGAAAAACUAUUAUUUUGGGUGGAGACUUUAGGCAAAUUCUUCCAGUUGUCGUUGGCGGAACUAAGCAAGAUAUUUUAAGCGCGUCGCUUACAAGAUCAUACAUAUGGAGUAAGUGUAAAAUCUUCCGACUUUCUACGAACAUGAGAUUACUGCGGGGCUCAAUAGAUGGCACAAUGGACACUUCUUUAUUAGAAUUUAGUCAAUGGGUUCUUGAUGUUGGUGAUGGCAAAAUAAAUGCUGUGAAAUUAGAAGGUGAAGAAGAACCAACUUGGAUCAAAAUUCCUGACGACCUGCUGAUAAAAGUUAGCAAAAAUGGUAUCGAAACGAUAGUUUCAGAUAUAUAUGAUCAUAUUGAGGAAAACUACAAUGACCCUAAUUAUCUGCGAGAUAGAGCUAUCAUUACACCUAGGAAUGAAGGUGUCGAUGAGAGGAGAAUAAUUUACUUUAUCCGGUGGAAUUUCUAA